AUGUCUGAAAUUGAGUGGCCAUGGCAAUAUAGUUUUCCACCUUUUUUUACAUUACAACCGCAUGCUGAAACAAAAGAGAAACAAUUGUCAGCAUGGACAAGUCUUGUUUUAAAUUAUUACCAAUCAACAAAACAAUCUAUUUUGGACCAAAGAUGGUUAAUCCACUGGCAUACCUUGGAGGAAUGGGGUAAUAUUGUUUACAACUGGGCCCAGGAAAACGGAUUUAUUAAUAGUGUUUGCACAUUAUUUGAAUUGACUCAAGGAGAGAAUACCGUUGACCAAGAAUUCUAUGGAAUUGAUACAGAAGUUCUAAUAAGGUCGCUCAAAACACUAGAAGCCCAAGGUAAAGCUGAGUUAAUAAUGUUUGAUGAUAAUCAGGGUGUUAAAUUUUUCUAA